UUUGAUGGUGGAAACCCCGGCUACAAGAACCUCCAAUCUAUUGUACAAAAAUGGGGUGUUCCAUGCCGUUUUAGAAGUCAUGAUAAAGGGUGGAUAAUCUUUAAAUUCCAAAAUGAGCAAGAUAGGGCUAAAGUUCUUUUGGAGGGGCCAUAUACUAUGUUUGGAAAAACUUUUCAUUUAAAGUUGCUCUCGGAUGACUUUACUAUGAAUGAUGAGGAGUUUCUCAAAGUUCCUAUUUGGGUGCACUUCCCCCAUCUUCCUAUGAGGAUUUGGGAAGAGGAUAUUAUAAGUGAGGUGGCUUCUAAAGUGGGUAUCCCCAUCACUACGGAUAGAGUAACACUUGAAAAAGCUAGAUCAAAUUUUGCAAGAGUCUUAAUUGAAGUUGAUGCCUCCAAACCGCCACCCCUUGAAUUCAAGAUCAAACUACCAAAUGGCAAACUACACACUCAAUAUGUGAGGUAUGAAACUUUUCCAAACUAUUGCUUCCAUUGCAAAAAGUUUGGACACCAUGCUUUUACUUGCUCCAUUAUUGCCUCAAUUGAAAAGAAAGCUAAAGAAGAUGUUAUAAAAAAAAGAUUGGGCAUUAAUAUAGAAGAAGGGGCUGCCGAGGGUGCAACUUGUGGUGCCAAAACAGUAGCCGAAAGUAGCAAUGGGGCUGCCAAAACAGUGAGCAACAAAGAGGAAAACGAGGCCGAGGGGGCUGCCAAAACAGUGAGCAACAAGGAGGCAAUUGAGGAAGAUAAUGACCUUUUUAUCACUAAAAGAGACCAUCCUUUUUUCAAGAGAUUUCGGUUCUUUAAAUGGGGGAAGAAGAAGCCUAUAAGGGGUGAGGGUGGCACAUCCGAUUUCAAAGAUGGUGAGGAUGUACUUGUCCGAAAAGUACAAAAGUUCCAUGACACCUAUCAAGAUGAGGUGAUAGUUGAAAUGCAUACCGAUGAUGUUCUCAUGCCUACUAUCAAUGUAACACAUAAAAAACAUGUAGAUAAGGAUGCUAUAAUACUAAAGAUGGAUCAUCAUCUUAAAAUUGUGAAUGAAGACCAACCCGGAAUGCUAUUUAGUAAGGAAACUUUGGAGGGGCUGCCCGGUAUCACAAGUACCAACAAUGGGUACACUUUCGGCCCUACAUUUAUGAGGGGUGUUCUUAGG